AUGCCAGCGACUAGCGUGGAGGAAGAGCGCAUGAUCCGCCGAGCAGACCAAUACAAGGUCACCGCUAAUGCUGCGAGCCGUCGUGCAUUUGACAACACAGCACCACCGUUGGGCAUGAGCUUGGGAUCAGUAGUCCAGGCGAUCGGCAUCAUCCGAUAUAUAGUCCUGGAUGCCAUUGCCGCCAAGGGGACAAGUCGGACGACAAUAGAAUCUUACAGCGACCCUAGGACGCAAUAUUCUGACAACCCAACAUAUUACGACGUCAGCAGAGGUUUGCUCACAACUGGGUUUGAUGGCAAGUCCUGGCCACGAUCUAUUCCGACGAACUCCAACGUCAGCAGAGACUUAUUGACGAAUGGAUUUGAUGGCAAGGCCUGGCCACGACAACCAACCAAUACUGCCGCUGACGGCACCAAUAAACGCUUGCUUACAGCUGGACCCAACAUCAUUCCUAGGUCACGGUAUUCUUCUACUGCCUCUACUGACACCAAGGCCAAAGGCUCGGCGCCCUCUCGAUCACAAGAUAUUGCAACAUACUCGUCUUCUACAAACCCGAAAAGCGCUGAGACCCAAUUGCCAGCCGCUGAUGUCUCACCAGCCAUACCGAGUAUUGAGAAACAGUGUGCAGCACUCAGUAAACUGGUUGAAAAUCUCACAGACACAGCUACGUCUCGACAAAGGUUCCCGAAUCCCCUGCCGUUGUACAAAAGUGGUCGGCAACUUUGCGAAAGACUCAAACUGAGUCUUGAUCUCGUCACAAGUCGUCACAUCUACAGUUGUCCAUCUGCCAUACAUAGACGGGCUCGUGGCAUGUACGACGACUAUGACAAGAGGAUUGCCGCAGAACGCAAGAGGGUACUUGGAGUCCGGAAGACCUUUGAUGAAAUAAUCGCAGAGUACAACAGCCUAAGAAUGAAUCAAGCAGUUUAUCGCCAGUUGUUGGAGAUGGCCUUAGAUGUGCAGGAGCUCGCAAUGAGAUCUGAAGAGAUCUAUAUGGCAUUGGCGCGAGCAAAGGAUAAGAAACUUGAGUACGACAUCAGGCACCAAGAGUUGGUGCGACUAAGGGUCGAAAAUGUCACUGCCGUGGUGAAUGCUGUAGCCGCAUUCGCACCAGAUGUGCAUCUCAUGUGA